CCCCGCCGCUCUGUCGCUGGUCGGGCGGGGGCAGGUGUGAUGUCCUGGGUGCCAGCACCAGUGGCGCUCGGCCUGCAGCCAGCGGUGGCCAUUGCGAGCACGCCCGCCACCGUCGCCGGGGCCAUGAACUCCACGGCCUCCUCUGCGCUCCUGCAGCAGCUGAGCUCCACGCUUCCAGCAGGUGUCGCCGUCGGCGCGAUGCCGAUCUCGCGCCAGGGCAGCUACGUGCCGGCGCCGGUCCUGAACCCUGGCGUGCCAGCCCCCGCAGGCCUCGUGAUAACGCCCGCGAUGUCGGCCAGCCUGCCGCAGCUCAACGUCAGGGCAGCGUCCUCGGCCACCGGGCUGCCCGUGUUCUCCCAGCCGAACGCGUCCGCAGGAGCGUCGUGGGCCACGCCGGCGGACUCGCAGGGCCAGAGGA